GGGAUUCCUGGAGAAGCUGCAGUGUAGGGAUGCUCUAGACCGAGUCCUGCCCCCAGUGUCUUUCCACCUCUCCCUUUUGCAGUGGCGGCAGCAGCACCAGCAGCACUUUGCAGCCGGCAACUUGAAGCUGCACCCCGGGCCAGUCCCCUCCACUCCCUCCCCAUCCUCAGGGUGGUGCUCAGCUGAGAGACGGGGGCCCCGCGCCCCGAAAGGGGUGUGUGUAAGGUGGGGGCGGCCAGCUGGGACCAGCUCGUAGCCCUAGAAAACCUCCCCCACACCCACACCCACACACCCCUUUUGUGUUGCAGGCUGCCCCUCCGAGAGAGCGGAGGCAGCGAGAGGACGCUUGCCUCGCCCCGUCCGCGCGGGGACAGCAGUGGAGACCGAGUCCCGCAGCACCACCUCCGGGUCCUCCCUUUCAGGAAAACUGGAAAGGGGCGACUGGCAAGAGUUUGAUUGACACACGCCAUUAUUCAGAUUGGAAGACGACUCCUUUGCCUAUUGCGUCCUUCCCGGAAAUUGUGCUGCGAUUCUGAUUAAGAUAAAAAGCAUCUGAAGGAAAAGAACAAGAUACCCCAGAAUUGAUAACAAACAAGUUCCACCUGAACUUAAAAUGGUGAGCGAGAGUCAUCAUGAGGCUCUGGCAGCCCCACCUGUCACCACUGUCGCGACUGUUCUACCAAAUAACACCACCGAGCCCACCAGUCCUGGGGAAGGAAAAGAAGAUGCUUUUUCGAAGCUGAAAGAGAAGUUUAUGAAUGAGUUGCAUAAAAUUCCAUUGCCACCGUGGGCCUUAAUUGCCAUAGCCAUAGUCGCAGUCCUUUUAGUCCUGACCUGCUGCUUUUGUAUCUGUAAGAAAUGCUUGUUCAAAAAGAAAAACAAGAAGAAGGGAAAGGAAAAGGGAGGGAAGAAUGCCAUUAAUAUGAAAGAUGUGAAAGACUUAGGGAAGACCAUGAAAGAUCAGGCCCUUAAGGACGAUGAUGCUGAAACUGGAUUGACUGAAGGGGAAGAAAAAGAAGAACCCAAAGAAGAGGAGAAAUUGGGAAAACUUCAAUAUUCACUAGACUAUGAUUUCCAGAAUAACCAGCUGCUGGUAGGGAUCAUCCAGGCUGCCGAGCUGCCUGCCUUGGAUAUGGGCGGCACAUCUGAUCCCUAUGUGAAGGUAUUUCUGCUGCCUGAUAAGAAGAAGAAAUUUGAGACAAAAGUCCACCGAAAGACCCUUAAUCCUGUCUUCAAUGAGCAAUUUACUUUCAAGGUACCCUACUCGGAAUUGGGUGGCAAAACCCUCGUGAUGGCUGUAUAUGACUUCGAUCGUUUCUCCAAGCAUGACAUCAUCGGGGAAUUUAAAGUCCCCAUGAACACUGUGGAUUUCGGUCAUGUAACUGAGGAGUGGCGUGAUCUGCAAAGUGCUGAGAAGGAAGAGCAGGAGAAACUGGGUGAUAUCUGCUUCUCCCUCCGUUAUGUCCCGACUGCUGGUAAACUGACAGUUGUCAUUCUGGAGGCCAAGAACCUGAAGAAGAUGGACGUGGGAGGCUUAUCUGAUCCUUAUGUUAAGAUCCACCUGAUGCAGAAUGGCAAGAGACUGAAGAAGAAAAAGACAACAAUUAAGAAGAAUACACUUAACCCCUACUACAAUGAGUCAUUCAGCUUUGAAGUACCUUUUGAGCAAAUCCAGAAAGUGCAAGUGGUGGUAACUGUUUUGGACUAUGACAAGAUUGGCAAGAACGAUGCCAUCGGUAAAGUCUUUGUGGGCUACAAUAGCACCGGGGCGGAGCUGCGACAUUGGUCAGACAUGCUGGCCAAUCCCAGGCGACCCAUUGCCCAGUGGCACACCCUACAGGUAGAGGAGGAAGUUGAUGCCAUGCUGGCAGUCAAGAAGUAAAGGGAAGAAGAAGCCUUUCUGCAUUUGCCUACAUAGUGCUCUUUAGCCAGUAUCUGUAAAUACCUCAGUAAUAUGGGUCCUUUCAUUUUCCAGCCAUGCGUUCCUAAUACAAUUCAGUGGUACUUCAGAUCCUGUUUUAAUUUGCACAAAUUUAAAUGUAGAGCACCCCCAGGUCCUUCAUCAUACCACUACCCUCCAAAUAUACUCUUCUUUUAAGCAAUAUGAUGUGUAGAUAGAGCAUGACUGAAAUUAUUUAUUGUAUCACACCGUUGUAUAUACCAGUAUGCUAAAGAUUUCUUUCUAGUUUGUGUAUUUGUAUGUUGUAAGCGUUUCCUAAUCUGUGUAUAUCUAGAUGUUUUUAAUAAGAUGUUCUAUUUUAAACUAUGUAAAUUGACUGAGAUAUAGGAGAGCUGAUAAUAUAUUAUAUGGUAAAUAUAGUAUCGUCUGCAUUCCAGCAAACUUAUCAACUUGUAAGGCACUAGUACAGUGAAACUGACAUCUUAAAGGACAACUUAAACCUGAGCUUUCUAUUAUCAUUUGAGAACCAAGAUAUACCUAUACACACCUACAUAGGUAAAUCCAAUUUUGUAGAAUUUCUUUACAGGCAAAUUAGCAUGAUCUGAAUAGCGUCCAGGCUGACCUCUAGGAAGAUAGCCACAAACCAGAAUAGCAUCUGUCUGUACAUAUCGACAAAGCUUAAAUCAGGGCUUCCCUCCUACAUUGGAGGAAGCAGCUGAAAAGAGUCAAUGAUUUCAUGUUACUGCAUAUAGAGUAAUGAAAUGAUGGAGUUCCAUGUGUGGAAAUGGGAGUGUGUGCGAGUGUGUGUGCGUGUGUGUGUGUGUGUGUGUGUGUGUGUGCGCGCGCGCGCGCGCAUUUGUCUGGGGAUGGGGUGGGUGGGAAGAAGCUGAGGGGAGUAGUCGGCAUUUCUGAAAUAUUGCCUGACUAUUUAAAAAGAAAAAUAGUAGCUCUCCAUUGUCACCUUUAUACAAAAUGUGCAUCCUGUGAACUCUGUUCCGGAUUUCACACUUACCAUAAUUCCAAAACAUUUGCACAUUAGACUUUGUAACAAAAUAUUUUAUUACAUGAACUCAGAUUAGAAGGAAUGCAGAAUAUUUUUAACACAGCAAUCUGUGUUUAUUACACAAAAUUACUUUGUGGUAAACAGACAGUAUUGUAAUCCCGUCAAAAGAUGAAAAAAAAAAACAAUAAUUAGCCAUAGUUCUGAAUGCACUUCAAUUAAGCCAAAACAGCUAGUGAUCUUUUUAUAUGCUCUUUUUACUUAUUAAGUUUUAAUUUGUCCUUUAAAAACAAAGGUGAAACAAAACCAAGAACAAGUUCUAGAAAACUGAAGCAACCUCUUAUGUAUACUAGAUGCUUGAUUUAGGAAGAGUUUUUAACUGUUUUCAAUGUUACCCUAUAGUAAAUGGCACUAUUAUGAAGCUACUAGUCAUUCCAUAAGAGUCUCCAAGGACUGCUCUGUGUAACACUGUGACUGCCGUGUGUGCUUAGACACGUAGUUUCCUCAGUGGAUAGCACUCAAUUUAUUCCUUAGUGAUCUUGUGACAAUACUGCCAUUCCCUUCUACUGCACUGCCCAAGGUGUGUGUAGCACAAACAGUUCUCAUUACAAAGGACCAAUUCUGAACUGAACCGCUAUGCAUAGGACAAGCAAAGCUACAUAGAAUGGGGUGGAACACACAGCUUUCUGUCAAGCACUGUGCAAUAUUUCCAUAUUUUUCCCCAUCAUGGUAGACAACCACUCUGUAGAAGGGCAGCCUGCCUGUCAGGCCACAUCUCGGCUUCUCUUGCAUUGCUUCUGUGACCCGUUUGAACUGCUUGGCCACAGCAAGCAAGUGAUGCCCCCAGGUGAAAACCUAUCUUCAGGGAUUCCAAAACCAAAUGGAGGAAACGAAGGGGAAGCCUCAUGUUCAGAUGGUAGGAGAUCAUGCCACGUUUAAAAACUCAAAGAGAAUUCACAAAGGGCUGACGGUAGGCUUCGAACAUGAGAAUGGCUGUUUCCUGAUAAAACUGGAAUUCCCAUCAUAAUUCUUUUCUCAGCAAAGCAGAGGCCAGCCUUUGGCCAUUUAGCCCGGUCAUAGCAAACUCUUUAGAACUGGGACCGUCACAAAGAACAGAAGAUCUCCCUCUCCUGUGGAUGGUCCGAACUUAAAUAUUAGAGAAUGCACUAGUCAUGAUGUGAUAUUAAAUAGUUCGAACACAUCUUUCCCAUUUAAAGGACCAGACCCUAUAAAAGAGAGGGAGUUGGCUGACUAUUUUUUAAAUUCCAGAAAUGCCAGAAGCUGACAUUUAGUUUCAUGGUCUUCAGCUUUAAUUUGUGCUGAAACAUUUGAAGACAAACAGGUUCGAGCUGCCGGAUACAUAUGAUUUCUUGCAUUGAAGUACUACUAGUGCAUUCUCUUGCAACACUGCCAGUCAUGGGGUUUUGACCCUAGAAUUAGUUGGUACUCUGCUGUCUCUCACAUGCCAGUGACCGAACCUGCUUCAAGACCAAGAUCCAUCCUCAAAUACGCCACAUGUACCUUCCUGACAGAGCUGUGUAAAGUAUUAGAAUCCAAUGCUCUAGAAAGAUCCUAGUUGCCUUUGUGUAUAUUUACUGCCUGCUUGAGUGUUUCUAUGUGUGGGUUUUCUCUGUACCUUGUAGAAAUGUUGGGGUGUUUUCCUCUGCCAUAUGGCUCGUGGCCCGCGAGCCAACUAAUUUAGCUGUAAUUUUACCUUCAUUUUUGAUGAGGUGGUUUAAAUUUUGUUUCAUUUUGUGUAGUGAAUUCCACAGUAGUUUUCUGAUUGUUGUUAAAAAAUGACUUAACAUAUUACACGGAUAUUCAAUAAAAAUGUUUUAUUUCCUGUU